UUCAGUAAGGAAGAUAUGGGGAUUAUCCAAGCGAAUGGCUCGCUUAUGAACGAACUCCAACUUGUGUCCAAGGAGCUAGCCAGUUCCAUCAAACGUGAGUUUGCGUUGGAAGAUAAGUUAAAACACUACACUUCCAAUGGCCACGCUCCUCCGGAAGCCACUCCUACGAAAGUUGCUGCACAAGAUAACUUUUCAGAGAUGCGCAAGAAGGCGGAGGAAAUUUCUCGUUUGACACAGCUGUUGAACCAAGAGAGACGGGCCCGGUUUAUCAGUGAGGAACACGUGUUGCAGUAUGAAAAUGGCAUGGACCCUUCGCCGUUGAAGUUGAAUCAGGAAAAGAUCGAGCUUGAACAAAGGUUGGUCGACAAG